GCGAUGGAGGCGGAGGCAAUGCCCAUGGUGAAGGCGCUGGGGCUGCAGCCAGAUGAUCCGCCGGUGGUCCCGCCGCCAGCGCCCUGCCACAGUUUUUCGGGGGAGCACGGCGGUGCCCAGGUUCACGUGGUCUGCUUUGGCAAGUGCAAGGCCACCGGCGUGGACAAUGUGGGCACGGUGCCGGCGGCGCUGACCACCUACCUCGCCAUCCAGGCCUUCAAGCCAGACAUCCAGCCGCGUGCAGGCACGGCUGGCGGGUUUCGGUCGCGGAGCGCCGCCAUCGCCGACGUCUUUGUCAGCACAGGCAUGGUCAACCACGACCGCCGCAUCCCCAUCCCGGGCUUUGAAAAGUAUGGCGUCGGCGCCUUUGACGCCGUCCCCACCCCGCACCUCCAAAAGGCGCUCAACCUCAAGUCAGGCGUGGUGACCAGCGGCAACUCCCUGGACUACACAGCGGAGGACAUGGCGCGCAUGGUGCAGCACGAGGCGGCGGUCAAGGAGAUGGAGGCUGCGGCGGUGGCCUGGAGCGCCGACCUCUUUGGCUGCCCUGUGUUCUGCAUCAAGAGCGUGACCGACAUCGUGGACGGCGAACGGCCGGCGCAUGAGGAGUUCUUGGAGAACCUGCACAAGGCGGCAGAUGCGCUGCAGCACGUCGUCCCGCAGGUGAUUGAGUUCAUUGCGGGCAAGCACGUGAGCGAGCUUUGA